UUAAGGUUUAAAGUAAAAGAAGUUAAAACAAAUAACACCAGAGAAGAAUAUUUAGAUACAUCCUCUGCAGAGAUUAUCCUCAAGAAUCUGUGAUGGAUAAGAAGGAGUGAAUCCAUUUCUUUCAUUUAUUUACUUCAGAAUGGUGUCUACAUCUCUCCCUAAGUUCACAAGUGAUGAACUUUAUGAAUAUAUAAAAGAAGCAUUCUACCCUUACAGGACAAAUACUCCCAGGAGGAGUCUAGUGUAUCAUAUAAACGAACUCAGAGAUUAUCGUGGUUGGAAUGCACUGCACGUAGCAUGUGUACAUGGAGAAUUGGGGAUGGUUAAAUGGUUGAUACAUUCCUGUGCAUUAUCUCCAACCUUUAAAAAUAAUGAUGGAGUCACUCCAAUCCACUAUGCUAUAUUUUAUGGAUAUCCUGAGAUUGUAGAAUUCCUGGUAGAAUAUGAUGGUAGCCUGAUCUCAAGUUUAAAUGAUUCGACUGGUGAGUUUCCUCUCCAUGUUGCUCUGAGAUGGAAUAAACUAGAGAUUGCUGACGUUCUACUGACACAUGGAGCUAAUGUACUCCAGCCUACAGAACAAGGAAAAGAACUCCGAAAAGGACGAACUCCCUUACAUAUAGCUGUUGAGGGAGAAUCCCUGGAAUGUCUUGAUGAAUUAUUGAACUAUCUAGAUGUGGAUUCAGUUCACCCAGAACUGAACAAAACUCCAAUUCAGAUAUUUCUUGAGAUUGAUAAGUUUUAUGCCCCUAUGACGGAUCGUCAUGUAUGGCAGAUAAUGGAAAAAAUGCUUAGCAAAGCUCAUUGUCUUGAUGAUUUGAUGGCUAAUAUUCCCGGGACCUCGGAAAAUCUACUUGAAAGCUGCUUCAGACUUGGAAAAAGUAAAUUUUAUUUUGAUGCUCUAAUCAAGAUUGUAAUCCAAAAAAUCAUCGAUGCUUAUGGAUCAAAUAGAGAUAGAAUAAUAGAAUUCACACGCAGUCACCUGUCAGCCGCCUGCAGGGAGAAAAAUAUGGAUUUAUGCAAGGAAAUCAUUGUUUUUUUGAGCGAAGGAACUACAUCUACCCAAAAACCUGAUAUUCAUGAACUACAUCAGAUCAUUCACCCUGUAGAGAAUGACCAUAUAUUCAACAAGACAGCACUGAACUAUGCAAUAGGUGCAGAUUUGAUGGCUAAUUAUCUUGGGACCUCGGAAAAUCCACUUGAAAGAUACAUCAGACUUGAAAACAGUGAAUUGUAUUUUGAUGCUCUAAUCAAGUUUGGAAUCCAAAAAAUCAUCGAUGCUUAUGGAUCAAAUAGAGAUAGAAUAAAAGAAUUCACACGCAGUCAUCUGUCAGCCGCCUGCAGGGAGAACAAUAUGGAUUUAUGCAGGGAAAUCAUUGUUUUUUUGAACGAAGGAACUACAUCUACGAAAAAACCUGAUAUUCAUGAACUACAUCAGAUCAUUCACUAUACUGUAGAGAAUCACCAUAUAUUCAGCAAGACAGCACUGAACUAUGCAAAUCAGUAUGAUGAUAGAGUCUUAGGACUUGAGUUAUUACAGCUAGAGAAGCUGGUUCACCUGGACAAAAACAAAGGUCUUUCCUGUAUAAAGGAGACCCUAGAUAGUGGUCCCCUUCUUUCCUGGAUAAUACAGAGAUACAAAGAUUUUUUUCCAGAUAAAAACAAAUGGAAGACCAUUGGUAUUGCUGUCUUAACGUUUAUAAAGGUGGGGCUCCUUUCUUUUCUUCCUCUCCUUGUUGAUCUCAUCUCGGACAUUAAUCUUGCCUCUGACUAUGCAAGGUUUGGUUUCAGUAAUGAAACUGUUGCCAAUGAAGAGAUUAUCUGGAAUUGUACUUCCUCUGUAAGUUCUUCAGCUCUGGAUUCUUCAUGCUUUAAGUUUAUUUAUGUUCUUGUGUUGUGGAUUCUUGGAAUAGUAUUCCAGAUUCUCCACUACAAAUUUGCACAUCAAUGGUCAGAUUUAAAUGGUGUCACCGGAAUAAGCAGAGUAAAAGGAUGGUUUGAAAGGAAUGAGAUUCUCCCCUUGCUUAAUUUAGAGAGCAACACAUCGACUCAAGCUACAGGUCUAGAAGAUGUGUGA